GUAUUAAACCCUUUAUGCCCUUCAUACAUGCAAGGAUUUUGACUCUGAUAUGGGUUCAUGGCAUGUAGUUUGAGCCAAGAUGGAGGGCAUUUUUGGGCCAAAUUUUCGGUAAAUUACUUGUAUAAGAGGGUGUGGGGGGGGGGGGGGGGUUGGAAUACUUUGGAAACUGUGGAGGGGAGAGAUUUGAGAGCGAGAAUCAGCAGUUUUCUUGAAAAUGGUUGUUGGAGAAGGCAAAUGGGUUAAGUUGGACCAGAAAGGGGCAGGGCCUGGAGCAAGAAGCUCACACGCCAUUGCAGUUGUGGGACAAAAGGUUUAUGCAUUUGGCGGGGAGUUCACACCGCGAGUCCCGGUGGACAACCACCUCUAUAUGUUUGAUCUAAAUGAACAAAAAUGGUCAGUGGCUGAGGCAAAGGGUGACAUUCCUCCGCCUCGUGUUGGCGUCACAAUGGCGUCCAUUGCUGAGACAAUCUAUGUUUUCGGAGGGAGAGACGCCACACACAAGGAGCUAAAUGAGCUCUAUUCUUUUGACACGUACACAAACAUGUGGACUCAACUCUCGCCCGGUCCUCCUCAUCGAAGCUACCACUCGAUGACGGCGGAUGAGAGACGGGUUUACAUCUUUGGAGGGUGUGGCAAUGCUGGAAGGCUCAACGAUCUGUGGGCUUAUGAUGUUGUCGACAAAGAGUGGAUUGAGUUCCCUCUUCCGGGGGAGAACUGUAAGCCUAGGGGUGGGCCAGGAUUAGUGGCUGUGCUUGGGAAAAUUUGGGUUGUGUAUGGUUUCUCUGGUGUGGAGCUUGAUGAUGUGCACUACUUUGAUCCAAAAGAAGGGAAGUGGAUUCAAGUAGAGACGAGCGGGGAAAAACCAACACCGAGGAGUGUGUUUUCGACUGUUGGCGUAGGGAAGUACAUAUUUAUAUAUGGCGGAGAGAUUGAUCCAAGCGACUUAGGCCACCUCGGUGCCGGUAAAUUUUCGGGUGAAGUUUAUGCACUGGACACAGAAACACUAGUGUGGAAACGAUGGGACGAUGGGUCCUGUUCUGAUUACCAUCCAGGGCCACGAGGAUGGUGUGCGUUUGCAAGUGGGCGGAGAGACAAUCAAGAGGGGUUGUUGGUGUACGGCGGCAAUUCACCUAGUAAUGAUCGGCUCGACGACAUUUUCUUCUUCACUCCUUGCUUGGAGGGUAAUGGGAAAUGAUGUUUGUUGAUAUGACAUGUUUGUGUGGUGGUACCUGAGUUUGAAUGUUGUGUGUGUACUAUGUGCAGUGACUUAACUUAUGGGGCAAUCAAUAAAGAUGAAUCAUGCAGCUUUUAUGUAUCAAAUGUAGAAACAAAUUUGUUCA